UCGAGUGUGGAGUAAAAACACAGCUUUCCCUUCAAAACAACUCCGCCUGAACUCGCUUGUCUAACGGGAAGUGGCCAGAGGCGGAAGUAGGUGGGAGGGACUCCUCCUUACGUGCAUGGCCCUCUCACUGCUGUUUUGUGUUGGGGGGAUGGGGCCGCGCAGAGGAUGAGAGUCUCCACACAUUUACCACUUCGCUAACUAAAUAUCUUUCUUUCCGAGCCGGGCUUCCUCCAUCCGCUCCGUGUACAUCAACACCCCUUCGACCACGCAUGAGUUUCGGUGGGAUCCGGCCGAAAUAAAGUGGAGUAUCCGCACGUCCACGACUCACGCUGAAAAAAAGUCGACAAAAUGUAUUCCUCUCCCGGAGCUUCUGAGAUGACCGAGGGAGCCCGUUCCUCCGGCUCAUUAAGCUCUGAUCCCCCAUCUUCACCGGUGCCAGAAUAUGUGUUCAAGCCACCAUCUCGGCCAGACUUUGGCACCAUGGGCAGGACAAUCAAGCUCCAGGCCAACUUCUUCGAGAUGGAAAUCCCCAAACUGGAGGUCUACCAUUACGACAUCGACAUCAAGCCUGAGAAAUGCCCCAGGAGGGUCAAUCGGGAAAUUGUGGAGCACAUGGUCCAGCACUUUAAAACACAGAUCUUUGGUGAUCGAAAGCCAGUGUAUGAUGGGAGGAAGAAUCUCUACACUGCCAUGCCCUUACCUAUAGGCAGAGACAAAGUAGAGCUCGAAGUGACCAUUCCAGGUGAGGGCAAAGACCGCAGCUUCAAAGUAUCCAUCAAGUGGAUGUCCUGCGUUAGUCUUCAAGCUCUGCACGAGGCACUGGCAGGGCGGCUUCCCAGCGUCCCCUUUGAGACCAUUCAAGCCUUGGAUGUGGUCAUGAGGCAUUUGCCCUCAAUGAGGUAUACCCCAGUAGGCCGUUCUUUCUUCACUCCAUCAGAGGGAUGUUCGAACCCCCUCGGUGGUGGCAGAGAGGUGUGGUUUGGCUUCCAUCAGUCUGUCAGGCCUUCCCUCUGGAAAAUGAUGCUCAACAUUGAUGUUUCAGCCACUGCAUUCUACAAAGCCCAGCCUGUAAUUGAGUUCAUGUGUGAGGUCUUGGAUUUCAAAAGCAUUGAAGAACAACAGAAGCCCUUAACAGACUCUCAACGAGUGAAAUUUACAAAGGAAAUCAAAGGUCUGAAGGUGGAGAUCACUCACUGUGGGCAGAUGAAGAGGAAGUACAGAGUCUGCAACGUUACCAGAAGACCUGCCAGCCACCAAACAUUCCCUCUGCAGCAGGAGAACGGCCAAACUAUUGAAUGCACAGUAGCACAGUACUUCAAAGAUAAGUACAAGCUCAUCUUGCGAUACCCCCACCUCCCAUGUCUACAGGUGGGACAGGAGCAGAAGCACACCUACCUACCUCUCGAGGUGUGUAACAUAGUGGCAGGACAGCGCUGCAUUAAAAAACUGACAGACAAUCAAACAUCCACCAUGAUCCGUGCCACAGCCCGAUCUGCACCAGACCGUCAGGACGAGAUCAGUAAACUGAUGAGAAGUGCCAAUUUCAACACUGACCCUUACGUUCGUGAGUUCGGAGUGAUGGUGAGAGACGAGAUGACGGAAGUGAACGGGCGAGUCCUACAGGCACCCUCUAUCCUGUAUGGAGGCAGGAACAAAGCAAUAGCCACACCUAUCCAGGGAGUAUGGGACAUGAGGAACAAGCAGUUCCACACUGGCAUCGAGAUCAAAGUGUGGGCCAUCGCCUGCUUCGCACCACAGAGACAAUGUACUGAACUCCUGCUCAAAGCUUUCACAGAUCAGCUGAGGAAGAUCUCCAGGGAUGCAGGGAUGCCCAUCCAGGGUCAGCCUUGCUUUUGUAAGUACGCCCAGGGAGCGGACAGCGUGGAGCCCAUGUUCAGGCACCUCAAGUACACCUACCAGGGCCUCCAGCUGGUGGUGGUAAUCCUGCCUGGGAAGACGCCUGUCUACGCUGAAGUGAAACGUGUCGGGGACACUGUGCUCGGCAUGGCCACUCAGUGUGUGCAGGUGAAGAAUGUUCAGAAGACAACACCUCAGACUCUCUCCAACCUCUGUCUGAAGAUCAAUGUGAAGCUGGGUGGCGUCAAUAACAUCUUGCUCCCACAGGGCAGGCCGUUGGUGUUCCAGCAGCCAGUAAUCUUCCUCGGUGCAGAUGUGACUCAUCCCCCUGCAGGAGAUGGAAAGAAGCCUUCCAUUGCUGCUGUUGUUGGUAGUAUGGAUGCCCACCCGAGCAGAUACUGUGCCACAGUCCGGGUGCAGCAGCACCGUCAGGACAUCAUCCAGGACUUGGCCACCAUGGUGAGGGAGCUUCUCAUUCAGUUCUACAAGUCCACCCGCUUCAAGCCCACAAGGAUCAUCUACUACCGCGAUGGCAUCUCAGAGGGCCAAUUUAACCAGGUUCUUCAGCAUGAACUGCUGGCAAUCCGUGAGGCCUGCAUCAAACUAGAGAAGGACUACCAGCCCGGGAUCACCUUUGUCGUCGUGCAAAAGAGACACCACACAAGACUGUUCUGUAUGGACAGAAAUGAGAGGGUUGGGAAGAGUGGAAACAUCCCUGCAGGCACCACAGUGGAUACGAAAAUUACUCACCCAUCCGAGUUUGACUUCUACCUUUGCAGUCAUGCUGGAAUUCAGGGCACCAGCCGGCCAUCUCACUACCACGUGCUCUGGGACGACAACCACUUCACUUCAGAUGAACUGCAGGUUCUCACCUACCAGCUUUGCCACACUUACGUGCGCUGCACCCGGUCAGUUUCCAUCCCAGCACCAGCCUACUACGCCCAUUUGGUGGCUUUCCGCGCUCGCUAUCACCUGGUGGACAAAGAGCAUGACAGUGCUGAAGGAAGUCAUACCUCAGGCCAGAGCAAUGGGCGCGACCAGCAAGCCUUGGCUAAGGCCGUUCAGAUCCACCAGGACACGCUGCGCACCAUGUACUUUGCCUGAGAGCACACAACCCCAGGGUGGCGUGGGUGAGACUGAUGGAACACACUACCAUAUUUCCCCUGCUGCCUCUCCGUCAGCUCUAGAUAACAUCACAGUGGUUUUACAUCGUGAUCUCCCUUCUUAACAAACCUGUCAGUUACCCAUACAUCUACAAUUGUACUUGAGCCCCUAACCCACCCAAACCAAGCCAGCUAUUAGACUAAGAUGCAAAAGAGUCCCUCUUCCAUGGGGGUUGAGUUAGAGGAGGUUCAAUUUACAUGUUGUGACAUGUUGUGCAUUCGUGUGUGUUUGUACUUGUUGUAGGGGAAUAUGUUGCAAAGUCUAAGAGGAAGAGAAAAAGUUUUUACACUGAUAGGUGAAAUCUACCAUUUCUAAACAAGUGGGAAUUAACAUUUUACAUUGGGGAGGUUUCUAAUUAAGAAUAAGCUGUUCACCUUCCUCCUGUUUAUUAUUUUGUCAUGGUCUUGGUGCUUGAAAGGAGAAGGAGACGUCAAAAAGAUGGGGGGGUCCCGUUCACUGUUUAUAUGCCUGAUGUUUCGCUCCUCUGACAAACGUUAUUUAUCAGCCAAUCAAAGCAAAGUGCACUGACCAGAGUGGGUACUUAACCAGGACAAAAGUACUUAAUAUAUUGAGGAUUGUGUGUGAUUUUUCACAUAGGGCACUAUGUGAUGAAAAGUGCCAUUUAAGACCAUCUUUCUAUCGUCAUUUCUAUGUAAAAACGAUGAAAUAUUUGUCCCACAUCUGCUGGGUUUUCAGUAUUUGUCCUUGAUUGACCUUGAUGAUCAUUUUAUGCCAAAUCUGGUGACAACUUACAAAAGGAUUCCUUGAGUCAGAUUUGUUUUCAAACCUCGAACCAACCGUUCGUUCUAGAUGGGGUGGCAUUUAGUGUCCAGAUUUGAAGAGCAGCAGUUUUAUCCUCCGGAACUGAUAACGUUGCCCCAGUGAUUCCCAUACGAGAACUAGUGUAUUGGGACUGGAUCCCAACAAGGACUCCUUUCUAAUGUACUCUGAGCCAUGUUGAUAAAAACACACACGAUGUAGAAAUCAACAUAGAAGGGAGCUUGAUGAAAUCAGUUUCCCUCCCUUCCGUUUUAUAGUCUAUUUUAAUUUCAAUCAUUUUAUUUUGUAAUGAAUAUGCAUGUAGCUGACUCAUCUUUUAGACAUUUAGGCAUUUGUGACAAUUGUUCCUUUCUCCUACUUGUACACAUUAACCCUUCUUCGGCAGAAUAAGCGUUUUCUGCAGUGUCUUUGUCGGAGCAACGUUUGCGUGGCGUAUCGAUAUCCAGGCGUACGGUACAGUGGAGUGAAAGCUGAGUUUAACUGAUUGAAAUUUCCUUUAAAAAAACUCUUGAAUUAUAGUGUUUUGCUCCGGGAAACGAGAGCAGUCGUCGCACAAAAGCUUGGGUUUUAUGCAAAUGACUUUUUGUGAGUCUUUAUACUAUAUAUAGUAAUGUUGGUAUUAAGGUAUAUUUUGAAUAAGCUUUCAGUGAAGGCUGCUGAAAAUACUAUAAAGUUUUUUGUUUUUUUUAAAGUGAAUGGCCCACAUGUAGUCUAAAUUAACACUGUCUAUUUGUAUACAGAUUUUAAAUGCAAAUAUCCUCUUGCCUUUUUGAGACUGUUACAGUCUUACUAAUAAUUCUAGACAUUUCCUAACACCCCACCUAAGUUUUACUACUAAGUUAAGCUGGCGAAUGUUCACAAAGUCCUGAUCAGAGGCAAGUAGUCUAUUUCUAACUAUGCAUCAUUUUUAACCAAGAGAUUUAACAGUGGGUUAACUCACAGGAAUUUAGGUCAUUUAUAGAGGUAGAUAAUCAGGGCCUUUUUUUUGUUAUUGUUGUUUUUUAGCAUGUUGCAUUUAGUAGCGUUUCUUAGUGCUUAUCAGCAUCUUCAUGCCUCUCUAAUGGGAUGAAGUAUUUAUGUGGUUAUUUGUAACAUUGUAGAUUUUAUAACCUUUAAAAAAAAUUGGGUGUAUCCUUUUUAACACACGAUCUUUCUUAGCCAAACAAGAUUACAAACUUUUACAUGAUUUAAUAAUCAAAAGACAUGGAAGCACAACAAGACAUGUUGAUCUCUAGGUGCUAGAAGUUUUCACUGUAAACCACCUUUAAAAUCCUCACUGGAUUUUGUCCACAGAGCUUUUUCCUCGUACGCUAAAGGAAGCUUCAUCAUUUCGAGGGUUUUUUUCUUCUCUUUCCAUUUGACGACCUCUCCGUGUUACCCUCUUAACUCAUUACCUGUAAAGCAACUAGAAAAGCCGACUGACUGUGUUUGUGGGGCAUUCUGAAAAAAAAAAAUAUUCACGUACUUGAUAUUUACUGUUAUGAUGUCAAUAUUGUUCUUAUGGGUGCUGGUCUCACAUGUAGAUUUGGAUGCACUUUUGAUAGCAGAACAUUGGUAUGACUUCUAUAAAUGUAGUUCCUCAUUCCAAGCUGGAGACUCAGUCAUAUUGUGUGACACUGGCGUAAUUGUAUGGAAAUGGCCGUGUGUUCUACCUCUUGUUACCUGUUUUAAGUGUUAUGGUAACAUCACAACACUGGCCAUUUCUGUAUAAUUACCCCUGCUAUCUCUCUAAUUGGCAUUGUUUGAGUCUUGCAUUUACAGCAGAGGUUUUAAACGCUUGGCGUGCGUGAUGUCGAACGUGCUUUUCUUAGUUUGUCAUUGUGAUUUUUAGUAGUUUUACUCAAACUGAUAAGAGAGAAUGUCUUUUUUUUUCCCUUUGUUAGUGGUUUUGAGCAUCAAGCUGUACGACCAAAUCCCUGAAGUGUGUUUGUAUUCACAAACAGCUUUCCCUGCAUUUGUUCCUUUAAUUCUAUGCACCAAUGAAGUGACGGACAUUUGCUCGACACAUGCGUUUUUCCACUAGAGAAGUGUAACAGCGAAUGCAGAGCUCACAUUGGGUGAGUGGUGCUGUUCGUCAGACUAUUAAAGUUGCUUGAGAGCGCAAAAGAAACGAGAAAGCGGCUGUUCCGAGGAUCAGCCUGAGAACUUCAAGUCAAUAGAUGUUUUUAACGCUGCAAAGUAAAUCUGAUUGGGUCAUAUUCACCACAGAACAUGAAUUGAUUCUGUUUAUGAUGUUUAAUUACUGAAGUACACUUAAGUACAAAAGUACAAAGCUCUGCAUUCUGUGAUGUGAAUGUCCUCCUCUCUGUGUGAAUGCAGGCCUUUAUGAUGCUGCCACAAGCAUCCACAUGAGUUCAUGUACUCGAAUGUUCAGUCUCUCAAAGGGAUGCCUGGGUGUUUGUGGUUUAGUUGGCAUUGGUCUUCUCCAGAAAAUGCCUGAGUGACAUUUUGACCACAAUAAUAACGGGUGUCCCCAAAAAGUAAUUAGCUUAAUCCAAACAUCAGGAUGUCAUUUAGGAGACGUGUUUACUUGUUGUCAUUGCUUCUUUUGUUUGUUUGUUUUAUUUGUUUGUUUUUUUCAUUACCGAUACCAGCACCUUAAAAAUACCAUAUGACAAUGGCAUUGCUUUUUUUCCUGGAGAUAAAACUCAAAACAUUUGACAAAUGUUACUUUUGCACUAAACAAGAAUGGACUUUGUACCUGUCGCAGCAUUAAGAGUAUUAUCAGGUGGCAGAAUGGCAGACAUUUAUUUUCCUCCUUUUCGUUUGUUGUUCAGAAAGCAGCAGUUGGCAUUGGUGGCUUUUCAAAAUAAAAGAUGCACAGAACCUCAAAUAUGUGCGCUCGUCGAGCCAACCAGCAUCUAGCAUGGAAUCUUUCAAAAAAUAAAUUUCCCGAUGCCUUUAAAUGUUAAUGAAAGAGUGAAACUUUGUAGUCGUGUGGGUGGGUUGCCUUUGCAUAGUGAUGUUGGAGAAAGGUGCUUCAUACGAAAACAAUCGUGACAGGAUGAGGUGAAAAUAACCAGUUGUGGAUGAUGUUUGUUGGAGAUGUGAUACCAAAGUGCUGUGCGAGGAGUAAAGUGCAGGUUUUACACGGUCCUUGUUGAAGUCGGCAGUGUGCAUAGGAUCAUACUGAAACCAGCCAUGUCGGACAUAUCGAUAUUCAGAAGAGGCUUUAUACCUUUUUCAUUAAUCUGCCUGAACAUGAGCGAAAUUGAGAAUGUGUUUGAAGUAGGGAUGUCACAAUACAAAAAUUUAAGUUGUCGAUACCGAUGCCAUGAGAUUUCCAUGAUUCCCGAUAGGCAGUGCGAUACCACUGCAAAAAACAAUAAAUAUCAUUUACUUCAUCACAUUUGAACAUACAAAAAACAGCGGCUAUGUAGCCUUCAAGUUAUAAAUAGUUUUUUUAUACACAGUCGGAAAAAUAAUGAGAUUUCAGUUAUCAGGUACUGUAAAAUAAAGAGUACCCUGAUUUUAGAAUUUUGGAAGUAUUGGUGGCAUCCCUAGUUUGAAGAAACAAAUACACCAGCCUGGAUGAAUGUGGCACUGCUCUCUCAGUAAAACAGGGCCCAGGGUGCUUAGGUGUCUAUAAUACCGGCAGCGGAAACCAUAAUUAUUACGCAACAUUUUUUUUUUAUCAGACACAUAAAUUAAAUGCACACAUCAACCUCAGUUCAGCUGUUUCUUACGUAAUCUGGAGUGGACAGAACCAGGACAAAGCAGGUUCUUCAAAUGGCUGAUUUGUAAAUAACACACUAUAUCAUAAGAUCUUUUUUUUCUGCAGAUUUCUCGUCAAUGUCUGUGUGUUUAAAAUUUCGGGUUGAAACAGUGAUCAGCCUGUUUACUGACUGGCUUUUGAAUGGUUUGGGAAUUUUAAAAAAGCUUGAUUUCAAAUGAUGCGACACCUUCUACACAAGUUUAUUCCAAACCCUUUACCCACCGUGUACUAAUGUCUUUCCUCCCAUCCCCUUCCUUUAGAGAAACUAUUGCUGACAUAAAGAAACCUCUUGUAGAGUCAGACCUAUUUUCCUAGCUCCAAAUAAUAACAAUGAAUGUACUUAGAGCCUGCGUGGUUUGUAAUAUUGUAUAGGCUAUCCAUCCAGUAAAUCUAUAGUCAUGUUUGCAUCUCGUGUACAACCUUUUCUUUUCUCUUUAUGCCGUUUUUUUAAUUUAUAGGCUUUAACCUUCUUAGGUUGCAGAAAGUAUUGUUUUCUUAGAUAUUUCAUGAACUCAGAUCUGGCCCACGUCACAGCUUUUAUAUUUAUCUUCUCACUGUGAGACGAGGAAGUCUGCAGUUGUCUUUGUCUGGGUGUUGGCUGCUGUAGUUUUUAGGAGGCCAACGUUUUCUAACUGGUGCAAAGAGGGGACAUCUUUCCCGUGCUUGAGUGGAGCUGUAACAUAAGAGCCGUGUGCUUAUAUACGAUGGUUGCUUUUGUGUGGGAUCUUGUUUGCUGUUGAAUAUUUUUGUCUUCUACUUCUUUCUGUCUGAGCAGAGCUAUCAUGUAAAGAUCAUGUCAAAUCCUCCCUGAGUUUGAUUCACUAACUCAUUAGCGCUGUGCCACUUGAAAGCGUGUUCUGUCCCAUACUUUUGUUCAUUGUAUUCCUACGCAGCAGUUUUUUCCCCACAUUUACGACAGCUUUACAGGCGCUCUGCUGGAUGCAGCGGGGUUCCUGUUCCUAUGCCUAGGUUAACCUUUUCGAAGCAUCACCUUGUCCAUGAGUGUUUAUCAUGCCAUGUCCAUCCAGUUAGCUGCAGCCGUUUGACACCAGUGUGGUAUCAAGGUUUUCAGAUACAAGGUUUGCCUCUGUUGUUGUUUUUAGCUACAAGUCUGAAUUAUUAAGUAUAAAUUCAAAUGGGUUUCUAGCAGACCUGAUGAAAUUACCUCUCACGUCCAGCACGUGCAGCUUCUUCAUGUUUUCACUGCCUCUCAGUCGUUCAGUCCUCAGCUUUGGUUUAAAAUGUUUUAAUGGAUCAGAAAAUCAUCCCACUGGAAUAAGUCUAAAGAUGAUGCAUCUACAUUCCAAAGCAUAACUUAUUCAAUAUUUUGUACACACAUUAACCUAAGUUCCCCAGAAAAUAACCCCCCUCGAUUUGGGGGAGCCCUUAACUUUUCAUUUUGUGUCAUAAUUGGUUCAAAAUGUGAACUUUUCCACCAGUUUUAGUUCAUGAUCAAAAACCUUUAAAAGUUACAUUCAUG